AUGGCGCCAGUCGACCGCGUAAACCACGAUGCCCUUGAGCAGCAGCUCAAGGAUAUUAUCCAAGAUCUGUACCAGAUUAUGGUCCAGGUCUCAACCUACGACUCUGUUGGCCGCUCCAGCAGAGAAGUCCUCAUUAAUGAAAUCAAAACACUCUCCGACUCCCUCCGCUCGCUUCACGCUUCUGCCGCUCCUCCACACAAUCUCCCCUCCGUGCCGCCAGAACUCCUCGAGUACGUCGAGCACGGCCGCAACCCGGACAUCUACACGCGAGAGUUUGUUGAGCUUGUGCGUCACGGCAACCAGCUCAUGCGCGGAAAGCUCAACGCUUUUGGUACCUUCCGCGACGUCCUCGCAGAAAACAUCACCUCCGCUAUGCCUGAGUUGCAUGACGAUGUGGUCCAGGUGGUUGAGGCCACGGGAGGUGCACCGCCUGGGAGGAGGAAUGGGGAGCAGCCGCAGCAGAAUGGAAAUGCCUCCAACCAUGCGUCCUCGUCGGCUGCUUGA